AUGGUGGACGAGCGGGGAAGCUGCGAAGCACGAGAAGCAGAGAAGCGAAAGAAUGGCGGACACCACUGCUAUGAUUCCCGACGAUGUGUCGCCUCUGUUCUUCAGGGUGAGAAGCAGAGCAUUGACGAGCCAACAAACAGAGGAAAUCCCGCAGCUGCUGUGUAUUCCGCCCAAGCUCUGAAGAAACGACGUCGCAGCGGUCUUAAUCGGUCUUGA